GUUACGAACCAGAUAGACGACCAUAAAUAGCAAUGUCUCCAACAAGAGCCGUCGGGCCCCUGGAUAAACGGAGGAAGGUGAAGCGGUGCCUCGCCUGUGCUCAUCGGCGCAUCAAGUGUGAAGGAGGCAGUCCAUGCGUAUACUGUACCCGAAAGAAGACGGCAUGUGUUCAGCAACAGCAGACUAAUAACAAAGUUGUAUUUGUCCAACAGAGCCACCUGCCCGGCAAGCCAGACACCCGAGGUCGUCUAACAAAUGUUGUCAAGAGGAAUCAGGCCACCUGCUUUCUUGAUGCAUUUGUUGACUUUAUUCAACAUAAUGCGUUCACUAUGGGGUUUCCUUUCAUAAUCUGGGACCUACUCCCUCUAAUCUCGACGUCCCCAGUCUUACAUCAGGCAGUGAUGGCGGUUGGUGCACUGCACGCAAAUCGGAAUAAUGUUGAGCGUGCAUCCGUUGAGGUAAAAGUGGCUGCCAUGAGAUCCUACCAUAUGUCUAUGGUGGCGUUGCAGGAGUGUUUAGGGGAUAAGAACGUGGUGCAAAGAGAUGACGUGCUUUGGGCCACCUUUUUCUUAGGGCUUUUCGAGCUACUAUCGGAACAUUCUGGCGAGGGUUGGGUGAAGCAUAUGCUCUACGGAACAUCGAAGAUGCUACAACUUGUUGGACCCAGCGGCUGCAAGUCAUCGCUUCGCCGGGCAUUCUAUGAUUUGUUUCGUGUUCUCGAAGCCAGUCGGUCAUUGUUGUAUAACGAAGAGACUAUCCUUUCCCAACAAUGCUGGCUUCAAUUACAUGUAUGCAGUGAUUCGGAUAUCACUACGCGCUGGGAGCCUAUGGAGGAGAUCACUAGCCUAAUGAUCCAGGCAUCAGCCUUUAGCUUGCGAGCCCGUUCUCUUAUUAAAAUUGUUCCUGAACUAGACCGGUACACGGACGCUUCAAUAACUAUACUUGCAACAGAGGGACUCGAGAUCCAAGCAACAAUAUACAAUUGGCACACAGAGGCGCUGUUACGUCUAUCGCAGGGUUGUUUCGAUGGAUACAUUGAUCUAUCUCUGCUAUACUACCACGCUCUGCUUAUCUUUCUCUCGGGCAACUUUGACUACUUUCCCUACUGGAACAACAUUCCAGCGCCAGUACUUUGCCCUAUGGACGUUUCCGAUCAUCUCAGUGCAAUCCUAGAACUAGCGGAGCAAAUACUGUCCCAGUACAAAAUACCAGGGGUGAUGCUGUUCUUCCCGCUUACAGUUGCAGGGUCCCGGGCUCGAGAUCCCGCUCAACGGUCUCAAAUAGUCUCUUUGCUGGACCGCGUGUUUCGCACGGGGUUUCUAGUUGCUAACAGGGUGAAGAUUGGAAUACAAGAUCGCUGGGUUAAGAGAGACGAAGUUGCUUCCUGACCCGUUGGUGGACAGCAUUGAAGCCUAGGCCUAGAUGGUAUAAUAGUAUACAAUUGAAACCGCGCUUAGAACUUCAGUCCAAAUC